AUGGAUUUAGAUACCGAUGUUCAAAUGGAGGAUGCUGUGGGAUUAGAUACCACGCUUGAAGAAGAGGAGGAGGGAAACACCUCACAGGAGUAUUCCUUCAGCAACAGGUUCACCCCUAAGGAUGGGCACGCGCCUGAGCUUUCGACCUCGUCGAUCGGGCAACUUGACGAGUGGAUUGAACAUUUGGGCAAAUGCCAGCCGCUGAGUGAGGAGAACGUGAAGAAGCUGUGUCAGAUGGCGAUCGACGUUCUGCAAUUUGAAGAGAAUGUCCAGCCUGUCCAGGUGCCUGUGACGAUAUGUGGUGAUGUGCACGGCCAGUUCCACGACCUGAUGGAACUCUUCAAGAUUGGCGGUCCAUGUCCAGACACAAACUACCUGUUCAUGGGUGAUUACGUCGAUAGAGGUUACUACUCUGUGGAGACUGUCAGUUAUCUCGUUGCCAUGAAGGUUAGAUACCCAAGUAGAAUCACCAUCUUAAGAGGAAACCACGAGUCAAGACAGAUCACACAAGUUUAUGGAUUUUACGACGAAUGUCUGCGUAAAUACGGAAGCGCAAACGUUUGGAAGCUAUUCACCGAUUUGUUUGACUACUUCCCAAUCACCGCAUUAGUUGAUAACAAAAUAUUCUGUCUUCAUGGUGGAUUAUCCCCAAUGAUUGAGACAAUUGACCAAGUUCGUGAAUUGAACAGAAUCCAAGAGGUUCCACAUGAAGGUCCAAUGUGUGACUUGUUGUGGUCCGAUCCAGAUGACAGAGGUGGAUGGGGAAUCAGUCCUCGUGGUGCCGGGUUCACCUUUGGACAAGAUAUUAGUGAACAAUUCAACCAUACAAACGGCCUUUCGUUAAUCGCCAGAGCACAUCAACUGGUGAUGGAAGGUUACUCGUGGUCCCACGAGGAGGCCGUUGUCACCAUCUUCAGUGCACCAAACUAUUGUUACAGAUGCGGCAACCAAGCUGCCAUCAUGGAAGUUGACGAGCAACACAGCAGACAGUUCUUGCAAUACGACCCGAGUGUGAGACCUGGUGAGCCAACAGUUACGAGAAAGACGCCUGAUUACUUUUUGUGA